AUGAGUGCGAUCUUCCAGCUGUUACAACAUGCAAAGAAAGCCCGCGCUGUCUUACAGAGAGGCAGAAAAUCGGAAGGCAAGAAGGAUAGGUCGCUGAGGCAGAGUCUGUUUCCUUCUUCAGUUUCAUCAACUUCCGUUAUUGACAAAGCCGAUAUCGUACCAACAUCCUCGCCCUGGGACCUCCUGCCUGUCGAGCUUCAGAUAAAAAUAUUUGCGCAAUGUGGUAUUAGAGACCUCCUGCAACUGAAACUCGUCUGCCGGGCCUUCUGCCAAAUCCUCACCCUUCAUGAACAACUUAUCGCUCGUCAAUAUCUCCGCCAGCGCCGCCAUGGAACGCUUCCGUCUCCCAUCGACAGCGAACGAAUGUAUACUCGGAACCCCGAAGACGAUGUAGUGCUGCUGUCGGACCUGUUUCCUCCUGCGACAAGCGCCAAAGGCGGUCACCUAUACACUUUUCGUUAUAUACACAGCUUGCGACGGCGGCAAAAGCUAUGUUCCCAGCUGUGCUAUUACCUUGCAGAUCGCGUCAUGGAUAGAUUCUUGCACUGCGAGCCGACGUUUGUGAAGUCGAAGUUCUCCAACAGAAAUGAGCGUAAUGAGUUCCUAAAACGUGGGAAGGAAUCUUUAUGGUACAAUCUUAUACCUCUCAUGUACUAUGCUCUAUACUUUCUCGAAGCAUAUAGUCUCGCUCGACGUGACUUGAAAAAUGCAUUAUUGCAGGAGUUGGAAGCUGGUCGACUACCGGUUCCGAUGGCCCCCGAUAUUCGCAAGUCCAUGUAUCGAGACUUGCAACUUCAAAUCCUCCAAGCUCCUCCAUUUACCAACACUUCGACUCUGAUCUGUACACACCAUUGCAUGCAGCUUCUCGUCUCAUAUCUGCGCCAUACUGUGCCUCCCGACGAAUUUGUGGUGUCGGACGAUAGCUGGAUUGGCUCGUUGCUCACAGUAUCGCCAUUCAUUCGGAUUGUUGAAUACUUCUCGGCGGAAAUCGGCGAUGGUGGCAGUCAACGAGUGCAGCGAAAGGACUUCAUGCACAAUUUCCAAAACGAUCUAACGCUGAACGAGAAUGACGAUAUAAACUCGCUCGUCUUCGAGAGCGCCCCACUCUCGCAUAUACACUCCUCAGUGCAGGAUAUCUGGUUUGAUGUUGCCAAAGAAGAACUGGGGUCGAGAGGAGCUGUUCCCCAUGAUACGGAAAAUAUCUGGAUUUGGAAUGGUGUACCUGUUGCACUUGGAUGCCAACAUUGCCGAGAUGGGAGAGGAUGGCGUGCAUAA